UGUAAUCCGGACGAAGUAAACCGGCUUUCGGAAGUACGUAUCGCGUCUGUUCUCAGGGUUCGAAUGUAAGUCAAGCAAGAAACAAGCACGAAACAGGCAGGAAGGAGAGCUUGCUGUGCAGAUUGUUCUACCCUGAAGAUGGAGAUGAGAGGAUAUCACACGGUUUCUAUAUAAGGCAAAGUUGAAGGGCGCGUCUUGCUGUCUUGCAAGGGAACCCCAAGCCUCACGUGUUUUCUCAGCAUGCGACUGUGGAUAGCGUUCCUGCCAGUCACUCUGCUCUGUGGGUUCGUGGAGCCCGGCGCCUCUACCGUUGAUUUCGGGGCCUCCACUCUGGAAGAAGUCGCAGGGAGCAUGGGCGCCCUGGAGAAAGACGCGGACCAAGUGGAAGCAGUCGACGCCCUAGACGUGGAAGACGAGCAUCGCGACGUCAUAACGAAUCCGCCGCUCACAAUUCAUUUGCCUCCCCUACCACCCCUCCCGUCCUUCCCACCCCUUCAGAACCCACUGUUUCCCCUGAGGGACACCGUCACUGCCACGAAGACCCUGUACGCCGAGGUGACAAAACGAAUCACUCGUCACCCAGUCUGCAUGACCGUGUACGGCGUGAAGCCGCCUUGCUUGCCUGCUGACCUGCACAUAGGCCACAGCGUGGCCGGUGGGCCCGAUUGCUGGAAGCGCAACGAGUCACCUGAAGAAGCUUCACUCUGGGAAGACGAUCAGCAGGAGGGGCUCUAUAUCGAGCCUACCUCCGUACUCAGGAUACCAGCUGCAACGACAGGACCCACACUGCCACAGGGGGGAGAGGACACAGUAGAACUGGAGCCAUCACGUGAGGACCGGUACCUGGAAUUCCGCAGGAAGACUCCAGAAGUCCCCACCACCGACUCUGCAGACAACAAUGGACGUCUCUUGCAUCUGCGGCCGCAGACCCACAUUGCCACACAUACAGUGUGGGUCACCAAGGUGCAGAAGGUGACGGACUACCGUGUUACCGCCACCCUGGAAGCAAAGAACUGUGUGCCCAGCGACCUGAAGAUCCCCUUCUGUCAAAGACAGCCAUCACAGAAGCCACCCAUCUACGUACCCACAAAACCUCCCCAUCGCCCCGUGAACAGACCACCUUACUACCCAACCACUAAGCCACCCCAUCAUGUUAUUGUCACACCACCCCCUCAUAGCACUAUCGGUCAACCCCCUUAUGUCGCUACCAAUGCUGAACCAGGAUACAAAUUCACAGGCCCUGCUGAUAGGAAGGAUGAUAAUAAGGAAACAGACGGUGAGAAGUUGGUCGUGAGCGUACAGGUUGACGAGGAGGUCUAGAACAGGGACAUUCUGAAAUUAGCCUCUAUAACAGUGUCCCUCACAGAAGUUCUUUAUCGGGAUAUUUAUUAUUGUAUUUAUUUGUAAUUUUUAAUUCCAGAUUAUGUUUAUAAGUUCAUUGUAGCUGUUCAAAUAGGUACCUAGAAGCCAUCAGAAGCAUGUAUCAGGUGAAAAAUCACCUUAAACCUCUACAAAUUAUUGUGCCAAUGCUGAUUAUAUAUCUGUGGUAGAAGGAAUAUAUAAAAUGCCAAAGUAGAUCAAAUUAAUCUCUCUCAUCUCACAUAUCUGCCAUUUUGAAUUUCAGUGUGCAACUGCCUCUUUGUGGUAGAAUCUGAAAGCUUUGUCAGUAUUGCCAGGAAAUGUUAACAUUCCACAACAAAACAGUUUAUAUAUAAAAAGGUUCAAUUCACCCUGAAACUCAAAAAAAUAUCUCUACUUAUUUGAUGGUACUCCCUGCAUAUUUCGUGUCUUCAGAGAAUGGAAAUGAGAAUGUUAAGGCAGUAAUGUUAUUUAAACUGAAUGAAAUUUUUAAUUAAUUCCUUUGAAUGUGCAUACAAAGUUUUAUACUUUUAAUAAUCAUAUUUGUGAUAUGAUGUACAUAAUUUUGGCUUGCAAAACAAAUUAAAUGAUCAGUAUUAUCCAGUGUCAUGUCUUGAUCACAGUGUAAAUUGUUUAUUCUCACUGGCUGGACAUGCUUAUACACAUCAAGCAGACCUCAGUAAAUGUAUAAAUAUUAUAUUUCUGGACAUUAUCCAUG